AUGGCAGAUCAAGCACGAGACCGCAUUGAGGCCUUGGGCAAGCAGCUUGGCCUGCCUCCCAUCCAGCGCAAAGCUGGCCCCUCUAACGAACUUCGCCUCCAAGGUAAAGUCGCCAUCAUCACAGGCGCCAAUUCGCCCAUGGGUAUCGGCCGCGCCACUGCUCACCAGUAUGCCGAGAGUGGCGCCAGAGCCAUUUACAUUUGCGAUUUUGACGACACUCACCUAGAGAGCCACAAAAAGCAACUCAGCGCGGCUUACCCUUCUGUGGAUGUUCAUGUUCGCCAAUUCGAUGCUGGUGAUGAAGACAAGGUCAAGGCCGUCGUCGACGACGCUCUAGCCCAGUACAAGCGCUUGGACAUCUUCUUUGCCAACGCCGGCAUCAUUGGCAAGUAUGGCAUGUUUACCGACUACACAGAGCAGGACUACAUGGAGGUCAUGAGAACAAACUCUUGGAGUGUCGUGGCCGCUGCAAAGCAUGCCGCCCCGGCCAUGCAAAAGACAUCAGCAGAGAAGCCCGAGUCGAAUGGCAGCAUUAUUGCUACGGCUUCCGUCGCAGGUAUCCGAUCCAACGCGGGCACCACUCCCUACGCGGCCUCCAAGGCGGCCGUCAUCAACGCUGCCCAGACAAUCGCCUACCAGCUGACCGGCACCAACAUCCGUAUCAAUGCCAUCUGCCCGGGCAUUAUUGAAACCGGUAUGACCGCGCCUGUAUAUGAGUCGGCCCGUGCCCGCGGAACCGAGAAGAAGAUUGGACAGAUCAACCCGCUGAGGCGCGGGGCUCAUGCCGACGAGGUAGCGCGUGUUGCUCUCUUUUUGGGAAGCGACGAAUCCAGUUACGUAAAUGGCCAGGCCUGGGCUGUUGACGGCGGGCUGAGUGCCGGCCACCCAUUUGUCCUUGGAAAGAUGGCUUAG